AUGCGUGAAAGAAAUAUUUUGCCUAAUAAAUUCACUUACCCUUUUGUUCUUAAAGCUUGUGCAGGCGUUGGGGACUUGAAUUUGGGAAAAUCGGUUCAUGGGUCGGUGGUGAAAUUUGGGUUUGGUGGUGACGUUAAUGUGCAGAAUACAUUGGUGCAUAUGUAUUGUUGUUGUAGAGGAGGGGAAGGAGGGGUGGAGUUUGCACGGAAGGUGUUCGAUGAAAUGUGUAGGUCGGAUUCUGUUUCGUGGAGCGCGAUGAUUGGUGGGUAUGUGCGAGCAGGGAGGUCUAGUGACGCGAUUAGUUUGUUCAGGGAAAUGCAAAUCAAGGGUGUUUGUCCUGAUGAGAUUACUAUGGUUUCGGUUUUGAGUGCUUGUACGGGUUUAGGUGCGCUCGAGUUAGGGAAAUGGGUGGAGUCUUAUGUUGAGAAAGAGAGGCUACAGAAGAAUGUUGAGCUUAGUAAUGCGUUGGUUGAUAUGUUUGCGAAGUGUGGUGAUGCUGAUAGAGCUAUUAAUUUGUUUAGGAGUAUGAAAGAGAGGAACAUCGUUUCAUGGACUUCGGUGAUUGGUGGUUUGGCAAUGCAUGGCCGUGGUGGAGAGGCUGUUGCGGUGUUUGAAGAAAUGGUAAGAAGUGGGGUGGCCCCGGAUGAUGUUGCAUUUAUUGGACUGCUCUCUGCUUGUAGUCAUUCCGGGUUAGUUGAUAAAGGGAGAAAAUAUUUUGAUUCAAUGAGAAAGAAUUUUGGCAUUGUACCUAAGAUUGAACACUAUGGAUGCAUGGUAGAUAUGUUAUGCAGGGCAGGACAUAUUAAAGAGGCAUUGGAGUUUGUUCAGGAAAUGCCUAUUGAUCCUAACCCUGUUGUUUGGCGUACUCUGAUUAAUGCUUGCCGUGCUCACGGUGAACUCGAGCUUGGAGAGAAAAUUACCAGACAGCUAAUCAGAAAUGAGCCCAUGCAUGAGUCCAACUACGUUCUAUUGUCCAACAUCUAUGCAAAAAUGUCCGAUUGGGAAAAGAAAACCUGGAUUAGAGCAGCGAUGGACAUGAAGGGAAUGAAGAAGAUCCCUGGGAGCACUAUGAUUGAGUUAGACAAUGAAAUUUAUGAAUUUGUUGCUGGAGAUAAAUCACAUGAGCAGUCUAAAGAAAUAUAUGAGAUGGUGGAUGAGAUGGGGAGGGAGAUCAAGAAGGCUGGAUAUAUUCCAACCACUUCAGAGGUGUUGCUCGAUAUCGAUGAUGAAGAUAAGGAAGAUGCUUUAAAUAGGCAUAGUGAAAAGCUGGCUAUUGCUUUUGCCCUUCUGAAUACACCACCUGGAACUCCUAUUCGGAUUGUGAAGAACUUGCGAGUUUGUGAUGAUUGCCACUGUGCUACCAAGUUCAUCUCUAAGAUUUAUAACCGAGAAAUAGUAGUUAGAGACCGGAACAGGUUUCACCACUUUAAGAAUGGUUUGUGCUCAUGUAGAGAUUUCUGGUGA